AUGAAUGUGUUACAGGUUGUUCCUUCGGUCGAAGAACCAGUCGAUGAGAUUGCCGUACGAGCUCUUUCCGAUCGUCUCACUUCUGCCCGACAAGCUGUCGUUGCCUCCUCCAACACAGCUAGCAAUCUCCCAUUGAUCACUGCUUCGACGACACUGGAAUAUGGAGCUCAAGCGUCACACGAAGAAUCAAAUAUUUAUGGCCUUGUCACUCUUCAAGCGCCUUCCACCAUCUUACCAGCGGAGGACGAAUCUUUAUCGUCCUGUCGUGUUCCCAUUGAUCUCGUCUGCGUCGUCGAUCAAAGUGGAUCGAUGUCGGGCCAAAAAAUGGCUUUGUUGAAACAAACGUUAGUUUACAUUGCCGAGCAAAUGAAUGACCUCGAUCGACUGGCCAUUGUAUCAUUCGAUACAAAUGCUUUCGAUCGUUCACACGGAUUGAAGCGAAUGAAUCAACAAAACCAACAAAUCUUGACGAGAGCAAUCAAUAAUGAUAUCAAUGAUGGAGGCGGUACCUAUAUUGGAUGUGGUUUACACAUGGGCAUCAAACUAUUUACAAAUCGACAGACAAAAAAUCCGUUGGGCGCUUUACUUUUGCUCACCGACGGUCAAGAUAAUCAAGAAAAACGAAAUCUCGUUUUUCAAUUACAAGUGCCCAAAGUGGACGAGGCACAAGAUGUCGAGAUGGCUAGUCAACAGCCAAUGUCACAGAGUCAGUCGGAAGAAGAACAAUUAGUGUUUGACAAUCAAACCAUUGGUAAUGUAAUAAUCACCUACGUGGAUCCCAAUAGUGGUCACACAAUAACUACAACUCCGGUUCCCUUCCAGCUGGUUCGAGCUUCUCAUCCAUCAGCUGAUCUUCUUCAAAUAAAUCGCACUCUCGAUCUCCAACGAAAUCGAGUGGAAACGGCACACGUACUCGAGCGAGCGAUGAACGAAUAUGACUAUGGACGGUCGCUUGCUAUUCUCAAAGGUCAAGUGGAAAAGAUCAAGGCCAGUGUGUCCGCGCAAGAUCCUUUCUGCCAGCAGCUGAUUAAAGAUCUGGAGUAUCGUUAUCCGUCAGAACGUGACUAUCGUUCUUCACACCACAAUAAUUACUAUCAACAUCAAACGGAACGAGGCACAUACGCACCGGUUGUUAGUGGUCAAGUUACGAAUAAUAAUACUUUAGGAGUUCUAGCAAUUACUGAUUCUAGAAUAUCAUUAAAUGAAGAAGUUGUAGAUGAAAAGUAUAUCAUUUAUUUCAAUGAACUUUUACAAAAAAACUAA